CAAAAUUUUCUACAAUCAAAUUCGACUAUGUCGUCUCCUCUCAGCACAGAACAACUACAUGUUUUUCAUGCUCAAGAAAGAGCGAUAUUUUCUAAACUGGUCAUGAAUUUCUCAAGACCUCCAUUUGAGUCACUUCUUGUCAUAGCCACAUGGCUUUGGCUUGAGGACUUUGGUUUUGAAAACAUCUUCUCAAUCAUCUUGGCUCUCCCAGAUCCACUCCUUGCAGCUCUUUCUUACGAGGCUGUCUCAUGCUUUCGAUGCCUGGAUUCUUCCGAUCCUCGAAAUGGCUUUUACAAAAUCCCUCUCACCAAAAAAUACCUUAAAGGUAACAUGUCUCUCCAACUAAUCCAGCAAAAUCGGUACAGUGCUACUAUAGGAAUCAAGAACUUCUUAAACACCGUUUGCUCCAGAAUCUUCUCUGACAUCCUUCAACGAGUUCUUCCAUCUUCUUCAUCAACUUCCUUCGGCACAAGAUUUCGCCAACCACUUAGCAUCCCUGGUUUCCCCCAUCCGAUUUUUGGGAGCAUCAAUGUAAUGAUUGAUGAAGUUCGUGGGUUUUUCAUCCCUCAUGGCCUAUGGGGAUGGAAUGCUAACUGCAUCGCAACCGAGAGUGACCGCACCUUGUUUCUGACAUUUUCUCGUGGAUUUCCUGUAAGUCAUAUAGAGGUGAUUGAACUAUUUACCAAGGAAUUCGGGGAAGAUUGUGUUGAGGGCGUUUAUAUGCAACAAGACAACCCAAAUGCUUAUAAUGCAAAUGUGAAUAGUAGCCGCCAACAACAAUCAUUAUACGCAAGACUUCUCUUAGAUUCAGUUGCUACUGUGGACCGCAUACUCAAUGGUACUCAUAAAAAAUCAUUUCUGAUGUACGGAAAACACAUUUGGGCUCGCAAGUAUGAGAAGAGGGGCAAACCUACAUAAUUGAUAAAGCAAAACAAAAAUAAACAUUGUCAUUGUUUUCUUUUGUUUUGUUACCUUUGUGAUACCAAAAUAUUUAUUUUAUGUUGUAGUCUGAUAAUUUAAUAUCAUCUGUA